AUGAAGUCGAAAAGCAAAAAAUCUCCAAAACCGACGCCCUCGCGCUCCGGCGACGCUGAUGAGGUGGAUUGGACGACCAGGGACGAUGUGUGGAAGACGGUUGACGUGAAUGCGUCGACGUUGAUUAUGGGCGGGGCGGAGGAAGGGUUCAUGGAAUUGGAGGUGUUGGACGCGGACGUCGCGCGGGCGUACGGAGCGGCGGCGACGGGAACGGGUGCGUCGAUCGAGAGAGCGGACGGUGCGGAGGCGAGAGCGUCGAGCGGAGUAAAGGCGAAUAGGAGCGGACGCGAUCGGGAGGAGAAGCGAGGAAAAAAGAGGGAUGGGAAGAAGAAGGCGGGCGACGACGACGCGCGGACGAAGUUUGGCGCGCUGGACGAGAGCGCCUUGGAGGGAUUGAGCGGCAAGGAGGCGAGGAUCAUGAAGCGUAAGCUUCGUUGGAAAGCGAAGAUUGAGGCGAAGAAGCUGGCGAAGAAGAACGGAACUACGACGCCGAAGACACCUGUGAUCAAGGUUAAGGCGGUGGAGACUUCAGAACCAGCCGCCGGGACAGUGCCGUCGAUCAAGAGGAAGGAGAAACAAAAGGACAGGGUCUCCAAGGAUGCAAAGAGUGCAAAGCAAGAGGUGACGGUGAAGCCCGACGAGGAGUUUAUCGAGAGCUCGGAGAUGGACGUGGAGGAGGACUGGGAGAAAAUCACGCACAAAUCCGUUAAAGCGGAGGCGCUGGCGAAGUCAAACGAUAAGAAUGCGACGUCUAGCAUGGGCGCCUUAGUCGACGGCGUCGACUUGGAUCGCGGAUGCGACAUCAGCGCUUGGUUUGAGUUUGAUCUCCACCCUCUAAUCUUGCGAGCGAUACAAGAUUGCGGUUUCACCUCACCGACGCCGAUUCAGCGAGAGUGCUUGCAUCCGGCAACAAAGGGUCGAUACGACAUUAUUGGCGCCGCGCAGACGGGAAGCGGGAAGACUUUGGCGUUCGCGCUUCCAAUUUUACACAGACUCUUGUCAGAGGGCAUCGGCUUACCGGAAGACUACCCGCUCAAGGAUGGAAAGGAGAGAGAGGUCUUGCCGGAUGUCUUGCGCGCGCUCAUCGUGUGUCCGACACGCGAGUUAGCUCUUCAAGUAUGCGCUAUGAUGCGCGCCGUAGCGGUGUACACCAAGAUAGAUGUGUGCCCCGUUGUCGGUGGUAUGUCGAAAGAGAAGCAAGAGCGACUUUUAAACCGAAUGCCAGCGAUAAUCGUCGCCACUCCAGGUCGUUUAUGGGACACGAUGCAGAGCGGGCACGCUGCCGUGACAGAAUUUGGCGCACUUUCGUUUUUCGUUCUCGACGAGGCCGAUCGCAUGAUCCAGCGCGGUCACUUCAAGGAACUCACGAGUAUUAUUCAAAACAUUCCCGAGCCACCGCGUGUGAAGCGAGCGGGCGGUGCAGCGAAGUCCAAGGAAGAGAGCGACGCUCCGGUUGAUAAUUUUGCGGAGGACGAAGACGAUGUGAACAGAGCCAAAGCUUUGGCUCUCCGACCGAAGCAGAUGCUCGACAGGCAAACGUUCGUGUUUAGUGCUACACUCACCGUCCCGGACUCGGUUCGCCGGAAGCUUAAAAAGGGCAAGGCGCCGACGUCUGCGAAACCGAGGAAGGGCAGUGCACAGCCACAGAGCGGUUCUCUCGAAUCUUUGAUGGAAGCAGUACCGUUCUACGGACGAGUGAAAAUGGUCGAUCUGACGCCAAUUGAGAGGAAAGGAGGUGCCGUUGCGUCCUCUAUCGCGGAAAGUGCUUUGGAGUGCACGGAGGACGAUCGGGACUCAAUGCUGUACUACCUUCUCUCAGCGCAUCCGGGGAUGACAAUAGUCUUCGUCAACGCCAUCUCGUGCUUACGUCGCGUCGUGGCGCUGCUGAAAAUUCUCAGAGUGCCUGUGGAAGGAUUACACGCUGGGAUGCAGCAGCGCGCGCGUUUGAAGGCGCUUGAUCGAUUCAAAGCGGCGGCGGCGAAGACGACGGCGAGCGGCGGUCGAGCGGCGCACUCGGUGCUAGUAGCCACCGACGUCGCGGCGAGAGGCUUGGACGUCAAGGGCGUCGAGCUCGUCAUUCACUACCAGAUUCCGCUGAGUGCCGACACGUAUAUCCACCGAAGUGGACGCACCGGUCGCGCCGAUAAGCAAGGCGCCGCGGUGUCGCUCGUCACGCCAAAGGAGCGUCAGCAGUACUACGCGCUACUGAAAUCUCUCAACCGCGACGGCCCGCUCGAUCCGUUCCCGAUCGCCGAGGAGACCUUGAUCGAGGCCAGUCGACGACUCGCGGUGACAAAAAAGAUCGACAAACUCAGCCACACGAAGCAAAAGAAAAAGGCUGACAAGGAGUGGCGAAAAUCUAACGCCGAGGAGCUCGGAAUCAUCCUGAGCGAAUCCGAAUCCGACGAAGAGCUCCAGGAGUAUCACGAGGACCGAAGCGCCGCACGAAACGACGACGUCCGGGAGCGCUCGCUCAGAAAUGAGCUCGACGCCAUGCUCUCCAAACCCCUCGGCGCGCACAGGCACUCACUCAUCGGGAGCGCGAAGUUCCCUUCCCGAGGCGGCGGCGACGCGCUCGCGCGGGCCAAGCGCGCGAGAGACGCGCACGAGUCCCGCGUGUCCGCCGUGGACAUGUUACGCCCUAAGCCGGGCGUGAAUUCCGUCGCAAACGUUCCCGCCGCCAUCGUGGGCGCCGUUGCGGGCGGCGUUCGCGGCAAACGAAGGAAAAAGUAG